GGGAGACUGAGGCUGAGGGAGAGUAGGCGGAGCGCCGACGUCACGGGCGGCAGGGCGGGGCUACGCUCGGGGUCGGAGCCAUGGCCACACUGGAUGCUGAGUGGAUUGGCGCAAACAAGGUGGAGCCCAGGAAGGAUCUGCUGAAAGAUAUCACCAACAGCAAGGAGGAAGUGACUGAUGCCAUGGCUGGGGAUGAAAAUUUGCCUGAGAAACUCGGCGACCCCAAUGGGGCUUGUGAGAGGAAUGACUCGAAGGACCACCCGCUUUCCACGCACGGCGCACAGGACAGCGCAAAACUCCUACAGGACCCUAAUUACAAAACCUGCUGGGUGGCCGAGAACGGGGUCUGUGAAAGAGGAGACACCCGUCAACACCCCUUGAAAAUGAACAAUCCCAUGCAGACUUCUGUAAUGGGGAGCAACGGGUAUAUUUUAAGCAAAUCCGUUCCCCUUCAACAGCCUUUACGGACCUCUAGCUCCUCCCCGCUAAGCGGCCACGCCGCAAAGACUCUGCCCGGAGCUUCUCUCAAAGCCAAGGCGGCCUCAACUGUAUACGUCCCACCAGCCCCAUCGCCUGCACCGCCAGAGGUGGGAGACCAGAUCAAAGACGAGAGCCCAAAGCUGACAGAACCUUCUGUAUCGGACAUAAAAAUUCACAGGGCGCGGAAAACCCUCCCUAAGAGCGGCUGCGAUUCGCCCGAGAAUAACGACCCCAACGAUCUGCCAGAGCAAACCGAAACCAAGGACGACAGUGCCCCCAAAAACGGUGUGGAAGGUGGGAAACAGCCGCUGGUGUCUCCGUCAUCCACGUUACAAGAGCUGCUACCUCAGGGUCAGAGCGGUGUCACAUCUGCAAAGCCUCAAUCAGCUGCUGUGGUGUCUCGAAAGAAGAAGAGGCGGAUGGGGACAUAUAGCCUGGUGCCCAAGAAGAAGACCAAAGUGUUGAAGCAAAGAACUGUCCUGGAGAUGUUCAAAAACAUCACUAAUUCCUCUUCCAGCCCCAAGAGUGAGAAGGAUUCCGAGACCCCUCACGUAAAUGGAGAAAACAUUGAGAUGGACUCAGAAGAAGAGUACUCGGAGGAGCCGGAUGAAGAAGAUUAUCACAGCGGAGAACCAAGCAUUUCAGAACCUCAGGAGGAGCAUAGCAUUUCCAACGAGGCCACGGCAGAGGCAGACAGUAUAAAGAAGGUGGACGAUUUGGAAUCUGAAGGGGAGGAGGAAGCAGAGUCGGCGGAGUCACAGGAGGAAGAGGAGGGUGAUGGAGAUGAGUCUGACUUAAGCUCAGAGUCCAGUUUACGGAAGAAGUCUCUGAAAAAAUUUAAAGACCGCUCCGACAGCCCGUGGAUGACGAAACUCAAGAGGAGGAAAGGGAAAACUGGUGCAGUCGAGGCACAGGAGACCAGCGCCGAGUACACAGAAGUGUCGCUGGACUCCCUGGACCUGCGCGUUAAAGAGAUGCUGUCUCCUCAGUCUAAAGGUUUUUCUAAUGGGCCCGAGAAUAUGGAAAUAGACGGUCUUCAAGGAAUCCCUCUCUGUAGCUGUCGGAUGGAAACCCCAAAGGAGGAUGACGUGACUGCAAAAGCUGAAGAUCGCUGCAUGGCCGUGGAGAGCUCGGACCAGGAGCUGACGCAGUGCGUUAACGAGGUGGUGAAGUACGAGCUGAUGAGGCCAUCUAACAAGGUGCUGCACCUGGUGUUGUGCGAGGAGCACCGCGGGAAGAUGGUGAAGCACCAGUGCUGUCCGGGCUGCGGGUACUUCUGCACAGCUGGCACGUUCAUGGAGUGCCAACCAGAAACCAGCAUCUCCCACAGAUUCCAUACGGACUGCGCCACUCUCGUCAACGAUUCCAGCUACUGCCCGCACUGCGGGGAGGAGAUCUCUAAGGCCAAAGAAGUCACCAUUGCAAAGGCGGACACCACCUCCUCGGCGUCCAUCGGGGCCUGUGAGCCGGAGAAAGAAGCCCCGGCGGAGGGUCAGGCAGACACUACAACUGAGAGUGAUUUCACAGGCCAGAAAGCAGCAGACGAUUCGGGUAAGACAGACGUCCUGCCUCCUCCGAGCUAUGACUCUUCCGAGGCUCCCGGUGCGGGCAAAUAUCCAAUCUCUUCUCUGGGACCCGUGAAAGAGACUCUGGAAAGCGCUUUACUUGCGCUGGACUCUGAGAAGCCUAAGAAGUUACGCUUCCACCCCAAGCAGCUGUAUUUCUCUGCAAGGCAAGGAGAGCUGCAGAAGGUGCUGAUGAUGCUCGUGGAUGGCAUCGACCCCAAUUUCAAGAUGGAGCAGCACGGCAAGAGGACACCCCUGCACGCCGCCACAGAGAUGGGUCACAUGGAUACCUGCCACAUGCUAGUUCAGGCCGGUGCAAACCUAGACAACUGCUCGGAGGAUCAGCGAACGCCACUGAUGGAGGCCUCCGAGAACAACCACCUAGAGACUGUGAAAUAUCUGGUCAAGGCCGGAGCUUUGCUGGACCUCAAGGACUCUGAAGGCUCUACGUGUUUGCAUUUGGCUGCUAAAAAGGGUCACUUUGAGGUGGUGAAGUACCUACUCACCAAUGAGCAAAUGGACGUCAACUGUCAGGAUGAUGGCGGCUGGACCCCAAUGAUUUGGGCUACGGAGUACAAACACGUGGAGCUGGUUAAACUGUUACAUUCCAACGGAGCGGACAUCAACAUCCGGGAUAACGAGGAGAACAUCUGCCUGCACUGGGCAGCGUUUGCCGGCUCCGUUGAAAUCGCCGAGACUCUUCUGGCCUCCAAGUGUGACCUCAGAGCUGUCAACAUCCACGGGGACUCCCCUCUUCACAUUGCUGCUCGGGAGAACCGAUACGAGUGUGUCACGCUGUUUCUAACUCACGGCGCUGAGGUGGGGUGGAAAAAUAAGGAAGGGGAGACCCCACUGGAAUGCUGCAGCCCAAACUCUGAGGUCUGGAUGGCUCUCAAGAAGGGCAGUAAUUCCUCACAGAAACCCAAAGCACAAGAGCUGGUGAUGAACCGCGACAUAUCAAGGGGCUAUGAGAAUAUGCCAAUCCCAUGCAUCAAUGGCGAAGACGCAGAACCUUGUCCCAUCAAUUACAAAUACGUCUCUCAGAACUGUGUCACCUCCCCACUGAACGUGGACCGAAACAUUACCCAUCUUCAGUAUUGUGUGUGCAUAGACGACUGUUCAUCCCGGAACUGUAUGUGUAGCCAACUGAGCAUGAGGUGUUGGUAUGAUAUGAGUGGACGCCUUUUGCCAGAAUUCAACAUGGUGGAGCCGCCGCUCAUCUUUGAAUGUAACCACGCCUGUUCCUGCUGGCGGAACUGUCGCAACAGAGUGGUGCAGAAUGGCCUGAAAGUUAGGUUACAAAUGUACCGGACCAAGACUAUGGGCUGGGGAGUACGGACCCUGCAGGACAUUCCCACGGGAACGUUUGUGUGCGAGUAUGUCGGGGAAUUAAUUUCGGACUCUGAGGCAGACGUACGUGAAGACGACACAUUUCUGUUUGACCUGGACAAUAAGGACGGAGAGGUUUACUGCAUCGAUGCGCGGUUCUACGGCAACAUCAGCCGCUUCAUCAACCACCUCUGCGAGCCCAACCUGCUCCCCGUCCGGGUCUUCAUGUCCCACCAAGACUUGCGUUUCCCCCGAAUUGCUUUUUUCAGCAGUCGACAAAUCCUGGCUGGAGAAGAGAUUGGGUUUGAUUACGGUGAACGUUUCUGGGACAUUAAGAACAAGCUGUUCAGCUGUCGUUGCGGCUCCCCCAAAUGCAAACACUCGGUGGUGAAAGCCGUUCCCCAGUGCCAGCCAGAUACCCCAACCGAAGCUACGCAGGAGAACGGGCUGCCAGACACUAGUUCCGCCACCCCGCUCAGCGUUUGUUGAGAAAGCCACGUGGACCCCACCCCCUCUCUUCCUGUUUUUGCCCCCCCUCCCCCUUUUAUGACCAGUGUGAAAUAACAGAAGGAACUUUGGACCCUCUGCUGCCAACAAACGCUGAGGUUCCUAAAGACUUUGUUCCCUUUUUUAAAUAAACACCAAGAAAAAAUAAAAAAAACCUGCGGAACAAACCUGACUUGACAGCAGAGUCACCUGGAGACAGCGUCGCCGCCACCUGAUAAAUGGAGAGGCCCCGCAGACUCCACAAUUAUUUUUUUUAUUUUUUUUUCUUAUUAAAGCAAUCACGGACUAAAGUAACCCCUUCUCCUGUCGGAGUAAUCCACCCUGCCAGCCUGGCAGUGAAGGAGUUAACGAGUGAAAGUGUUUCACACCCCCACCACAGGGGGGAAGAAUUGUAUUAAUCCUCCGUCGCUCACGCAGAACUCGGGCAAGUGGAAUGAAAGGCGCGGACUUCUCUUGUUCUGCCACAGGCAACGCGGAGAUUGACCAGCAAAAGAAAAACAUUUUCAGUUGCCAUUUUUUUUUUUUUUCUAACUGUUGUCCUUAAAGACUUUAUUGGAAGGGAGAACUGUCAAAGACGGAUUUCUUUUACCCGCGGUUCAAACGUAGAGAGGCCCGGGACGGAACUAUACCUUCCUAGGCCCACAUUUACUUAGAGGCCCAGAAUCCUCAAUAGUUGCCCUUUUACGAAGGAACGCAAGUUCUGUAACGUUAGUGUGGAGACCCUUGGUUAGUGACACGACCUACACCAUACAUUUACUGCCGGAAUCAUGAGCUAUAAUUCUAGUCUUAGAGCGGUGUUUGAGCCUGGUGCAGUGGCUGUAAGUGUCCAGUUUUGCAGGACAGGAGAUCAGUAGGGCUUGGUGAUGCUGGCGAUCAGACUGAAUGCGUUACACUUGCCGAACUGAUACGCCUAUUACAGCCAGUCAAAUGGUUUACAGGGAAAAGAUCGGAUUAGCUUGAUAGCUCGUUACAUUAUUGAGGUAUUUGCCAUUUGAUCACUGGCUCAUUUCGAUUGCACCCAUGGCCUAGGAAGACCAUGGCAGGUGGGAUUUCAUCCGACCCUGGAGAAGUGUGCGGUAUAAAGGUCGUGCCGUAGAUCCAAGCAAUUUUGGUGGGACGCUUCUGGAAAACUUUAAUACGGCUGUAAAAGCAUUCUACGUAUAGGGCAGACGUGGCUCUCCAGAUGCUGCCGUACAAUUCUAUAGGAUGUUAUACGUGGAUGCCCUAAACCAGGCAUAGUCCGCCUCCGGCUCUCCAUCUUUUGUGGAACUAGGUGGUCCUGCUGGGACUUGUAGUCCCACAACAGCUGAAAAGCCAUUAAAAAUAGACCAUAGAUCACGGAGUCCUCCCGUCUCCAGGGAACGCGUAGUUGCGAUUUCCACGCUCCGUCCUUACGUAUCACAAUAAAACUGCCAUUUUGUCUUGGGUUCCUUUUACUGCAUGACUUUCCUUUUGGAGAAUCUCCGCUGCUGUCCACCAAUGCCCUCUCGCCUAUAUAACACCAGCAAGAGUAAUGUAUAGCACACACUAGAAGUUAUGUUGUAAGAGAAUGUCCUCGUUCUUUGUGUUUACGUUGAUCACUUCCCCGUUGGAAAAAUGAUGUAAUGUACCUUCAUUAGCAGAAUCCGUGUCUCUGGCGGGUGUGGUGCAGCGUCUUCUGCGCCCCCUUGCGUCUGCCAUGCUGUCCUCACAGCCGCCUUCCUACAGGUUGUCAGGAUGUGCUCCUUACGUUACUCUGCGUACUGCACAGAUCCGUUUUAUGGACGCUCCGUAUUUUUUAAUGAAAGUACAUUAUACAUUGGGGUUUUUUUUAAUUGGGAAGUCGAUUAAAUGAGAACAUUAACGGAACAGUUUUCUCUUUAAGACGAUAGAAAAAAUUUGAGAGGCGGAGGAGAUUGUUCUGCCGGUCUCUGAUAGCGAGGAGCGAUGUAUCGAGGAGAUAUCAGUCGUGGUUUACUGUGCGAUCCUUCCACCUGGAUUACCCCGUCGCCUGGUCACUGCUGCUCCGUUCUGGGCGGGCUUAAAUCCUGCAAUAAGAUGACAGCGUCUCUCUGAUAUUAGCCGGUCACAAAUACGAGACAUUUUUGGCACCUCCGUCAACCUGCGGCUCGGGAGAGAAGAUAACCUUCUCAACAAUUUCCAUUACCGAUGACUGAUGGCGUGUGGGACUUGUAUUCGCCAUGCUACCACAAAAUGAAUUCCUAACGACAAUUUUUAUGACAAAGUUUUGAAAGUUACAGAAUUAAAAAAAAAGGUGCUGAAACUCCUGAUUUAUAUACUGAACAGAUAUGUUAACACUUGUACCAUAAAAAGUCUGAUUUUAGAAUAAAGUACCAGAAACCUUUUUAAAAAAAAAAAAAAAUGUUAGCAGUACCAUAGUGUGAAUAAAACUUUUUGUUUUGUUUUUCCUUCCCCUGGUUUCCUUUUACAAUGGCUGUAGUUGUUUUUUUGGGGGGGAUUUUUUUCGUUUUGUUUUCACUUGGUGUAUUUUAUUUCUUAUUUUUUUUUCCUCCAGUGGGUUUUAAUUUUUCAAGUUAUUUUUAAUACUUCGGCCACCUCUGUUGUGUUUGUUUGUUUGGUUUUUUUCUCAUUUUAAACUGCCCCCAUCCCCAAAUUCACCCAACACCCUUGGACCAUUGCCAACCCUCAAUCUUGGUUUCCUGUUUUGUUUUCAGUAAAACAAUAAAAGUCUUUAAAUAUG